AUGCUACAAUGCGAAGAACUGAAGGACGAUGAAGGUCCCUCAAAUACGCUGGAGCAGUUUACGGAAUUGGAGCAAGUACUCGAAAUGAUCGAUACUAUGAAAGACUGUGAUGCGCCAGGUUUCGAGAAAGACUAUGAGCAGUACACGGAAAUUUUAUCGAGAUAUCAAGAACAGCCACAUUUACUCGAUCCCCACUUGAAUGUUUUAUUGGAGCGUUUGUUGGCGAAAGUGCAUAACAGGGCGUUGUCAGAAGGCGAAAUGCAUGCCGCCUUCAAAUAUAUGUAUAUUAUUACUAAAGUACGCACGUACAAAGUGUUAGUUAAGUUUUUGCCACACGAAUUGACUGAUCUGGAAUUUGCUUUGGAAUUGCUGGAGCGACAAAAUCCCAAUGAAUAUAAUCAAUGGGAGACACGUUAUAUAUUGUUGCUAUGGAUGUCUAUAUUGGUUUUGAACCCGUUCCAUAUGUCACGUUUAGAUGCCUAUGCCACGACGAGUAGCGCACCAGCAACGUCUGGUAACUGCGUUGACACUACGCAAUUGUUGAAUCAUACACAUAGCAAAUCGAAAAUGGAGCGUAUUUUUGAUCUCUGUCAACUAUAUUCAGCCACAAAUGAUACUUGCAGUAAUAUUGCCGCAUAUUUGGCUGCCAAAUAUUUAGUGCGCGCUGAUAUUAAGGAUAUUUACUUGGAACGUUACUUGGAUUGGGUAAUGAGUGAACAUCAGUCGGAAACUAGCGAUGCUAAAUUUGGUGAAUUAGCCGCUAUUUCUGCUAUUUUGAAGCAUGGCAAACGUGAAGAUCUGCUGCCAUACGCAGAUAAAUUACUCAAAUGGAUUGUUGGCUUGCAAUAUAAAGAGAGUAAUGAUUUUUUGAAAUACAAGUGCUACAUAAAGAUUGUGCAGCGCAUAGGUUUGGUCUACUUGAAGCCGCGUUUAGCAGGUUGGCGCUACAAGCGUGGUACACGUUCGUUGGCAACGAAUUUGAAUAAGACCACUAAUGCAACGGCUAAUGAAAGUGCUGGUGGCAAUGAAACAGAUACCGACAAUGCAGAUGCUGAUGGCGAAGAAAUCAUAGUGCCAGAUGCCAUCGAAGAGGUAAUAGAGGAAUUGUUGCAAGCAUUGCGCAGUGGUGGCAGUGAUAUACGUUGGAGCGCAGCCAAGGGUAUUGGACGUGUCACCAAUAGGCUCUCGAAAGAGUUGGCUGAUGAAGUAAUUGGUUCCGUUAUUGACAUACUAAAUCCUCUCGAGCCGCAUGAGGCUUGGCAUGGUGCAUGCUUAGCGCUAGCUGAGUUGGCGAAGCGUGGCCUGCUGUUGCCACACCGUCUGCGCACGCUGGUGCCACUACUGAUGCAGGCUUUGUUUUACGACGAAAUGAAGGGCUACAUGUCUGUGGGUCAGCAUAUACGCGACGCUGCUUGUUACAUGUGCUGGGCAUUUGCGCGUGCCUACAAUCCAGAGGACUUUCAACCAUUCGUAGAGCAAAUAUCAUCAGGUCUGCUGACGGUAGCUGUUUUCGAUCGUGAAAUAAAUUGUCGACGCGCAGCAGCGGCCGCUUUCCAAGAGAGUGUUGGUCGUCUAGGAAAUUUCCCACAUGGCAUAGAAAUUUCAACCGCCACCGACUUCUUUUCUGUUGGCUUGCGACAAAAUUCAUAUUUGAAUGUUGGUGAUUACAUUGCGCAAUUUGAGGAGUAUCAGAAACCGUUAAUUGAUCACUUGGUUGAGCGUAAGGUGAAUCACUGGGAUACGAUGAUACGCGAAUUGACUGCAAAGGCUUUGUAUAAGCUUACUUUCCGUGCGCCAGAAUAUAUGUCGACUGUGGUGUUGGCACAGCUUUUGGGCAAAACCGAAUCCAUUGAUAUCAAUAUGCGUCACGGUACUGUGCUGGCUAUUGGUGAAGUCACAUUGGCUUUGAGUGAGAUAGAGCGUCGAGAUGAAGGCAACGCUUGCAAAAAGCUGUUGUCUAAUCAAUUGUUGACCGACUUAAAUGAGCUGAUGGCGAAAUAUGUACAUCGCGAUAUGUUCCGUGGUAUGAGCGGUGAAAUUAUGAAACAUUGUUGCACUGAUUUCAUAAGGAACUGCAGUUUGGCACGCAUUGAGGCAUCUAUCACGUGUAUCGAAUCUUGGCAAUACAUCAUCGAUAAAUGCCUGUUGAAUAAAGCUUCUGCAAUACGUGAGGGCGCCUCAGCAGCUUUUGCAGAACUUUGUCGUUCAUACUAUAAGGGUGAUGAGCGCGCUGCAGUAAAUGCCGAUAUUAUAAGAAGCUAUCUAAAGGGCGCCACAAACAUUAUGGAGGAGCACACACGCAUGGGUUAUAUAAGUGCUUUAGGUGCAUUGCCCGAUUUUAUGAUCAAAGCGAAUCUAGAUGAUGUGCUAGAAAGUCUGAUUAGGCAUUCGCUUACACCGACACAAGCUGUUAUAACAACUGGUGAAGCGAUGAAUCAGCAUGAGAACCUGGCAACGGGCACAUGGAGCGAAGCAAGACGUGAUAGUGUUAAAGCGCUCAGCAAUGUGGUGCACACAUUGGGCUUUAGUAGAGAGAGCAAAAUCUCAUUUGGCAAUCCAAAGUACUUCAACAAAGUUGUAGACUGCUUUAUAAAAGCCAUGGAUGAAUACACAUUAGAUAAUCGUGGUGAUAUUGGCGCAUGGGUGCGCGAAGCAGCAAUGAAUGCCAUCCAACAACUUGUCACCACCUGUCCGAAGGACCUAUUACAGCCAGAGCAAGUACAUAAAAUUAUGCUGGGCUUUAUGCAGCAGGCUGUUGAGAAAAUAGACCGCACACGCGGUCUAGCCGGUCGUCUCUUCUGUCAAAUAAUCACUACUACACCGCCUAUACCGCAUAUACGACACCAUGAACGCCUGCUGGAGAUAUUCCCCGCUGAUGUUAACAGCGUUUUGUGGCUGUUUGCCGACCAGACAUUCCCGCUAUUCUGUUCCUUGCUCGAAUUGCCCGAUUACUCACAGCGAGUAUUGCUCGGGUUGAGCGCAAGCAUUGGACAGUUGACUGAGUCAUUGAUAAAAUACUCGUCGGCAGCAUUCUUCGAAUUCUUACGCACGCAUCCUGCAGAAGUGCCACGUUUAUGUAAAGAGAUAGUUGCAAAUUUCCAAGAGAAUGUCAUGAAUGAACGUGUGACAUAUCCGAUGUUGAAUUUCUUGGAUAUAUUGAUAAGUUCAGGCACCAUAAACGUGGUAUUAUUGGAUGAGUCGAACUCUUUUGGUGAUGACAUUUACCGCCUGCUGAAUCUUGAGAUUAAAGGACACAAAAAACUCUACAAACUAGUAUCGAGCAUAAGUGUCUAUUGUCAGCUGGUGCAAGUACCACAUCUUUGUAAACGCAUACUCUCCAAAAUGGCAAUAUUCCUCGGUCUUACCCAUGUACAUGUGCGCAAAACGAGCGCCACUAAAUUGUAUGAAGCGCUAGCUUUGCAUGGUGACAGUUGUGACAUUCCGGAAGAGAAUAUGGAUGAGAUUUUGAAUAUAUUGUCUGAAACAGAUUGGGGAUCGCCGCUAAUUACGGUGCGUCCCGUACGCAAUCAAUUAUGCGAACUAAUGGGUAUUAAACCGCCAGUUAGUGGUGUGGCGGGCACAAGUUUUGAAACGGCCGGUGUUGCAGGUGCGGCUGCGGGUGUGAGUGCGGCGGUGCGCAUUAGAAAUUAAAUUUUAUAAAACAAAUAUGCACAUUAAUAGCACGUUGCAUAUUUGUCAUGGCGGCUGGGGUAUUAACACACCUUGCGUUAAAUAUUUCAAUAUUUUAUAUUAUUUUAGCAUAACUACAUAAAAUUGUAAUUGAAAACCGCAAUUAUUGCUUAUUAUUGAUUAUAAUGCGUCGCCUUCGAAACAAUAAAUGUUGCCGCAAAUAUUCCUAACACAAA